CUUCGACCCGACUACAAACCACGCAUCUUUUUAGACGUGCGGGCCUCGAACCUUCGCAUGCAAAAGGAGAUCGUAGUAAACAUAGUGUUCUAGUACAAUGAGAGAUUAUUGAUUGCCUUGAGUUCACCAUAUCAAAUUCGAAUCCAAAUUCCCAUUCUGUUGAGUUUAAUGUUUCUGUGUAGUUGAGAGGGAGAGGAGAUGACUGAAGAAUUUGAGAAUGUUAGAGAGUACAACAAGAAUCUGCUUCAUCUAAGUCUGUCGAGAAAGACUGCAGUCAGUUGAGAGUGAGACAUCCUAGAUAAAGCGUGGUGAGAGAGAGAAAAUCAUUGUCAUCCAUGAAAAUCAUAGAUACCUCUGGCUUCUAAUCCAAUGCCAAUCCUGAUCUCAUUCCUACAACAGUUGUAGAUCCCGCGCAUAUGACAAUUCCCCUACCCUUGUCGAUUUGAUAUCCUUACAAAAUAAUAGCCCCUCUGUAGUAUUAUUUUUUCCAUCUUUGACUUACUUCUCGUUUUUAGUAUGAAUGUCAUGUUUGAUAUGAUUGUUCUACUAUCGAAAAAUUCUUUCACUUCCACCUUUCGUUCUCUCUUCGAAAGUGCGGUAGGAUUGUGAUUUAAGGCCACUGCUCUUAAUGUGCCUGUCUAGAAUCUGCUCUGGUGUAUGUAGUAUUGGACUCACAUGAUUUAGAUUUUACAAGAACGUAUAUGCGUACCAUUGAAGGCUAUUUUAGUCGUUCCCGAGCAUUCCCUAUACUGGCAACAGGAUACUCACUAAGUUCUGAGCUUAGAUUCUUAGCUCUUACCAUUUAAAUCUAUUGUAUUCGCUCCUGCAAGCGACGCGGCUCUUUUUGGGCGUGCACACCCACGCUUUUUCCGAUUCCUCCUCGACGCAGCAGCUGGGUAUUUUCUUACCCCUCCUUACUUUGGUAGAUGUGGAACACCUUCGAGAGGUCAUUGUCACACAAGCAAGUGCUCACUUUCGUAUGUACUUGGUGAUUCUGCUAGGUGGUCAGUCUAUGUAGAAACAGAUCCUACACUACUACUUCUGCAAGAAAUUAUUACUUUCCAUACAGAUACUAGACGUCGAUAAGAGGCUUUGCUUGAAAUUGGCAUCGCCGACUGACUCGUCGUUUCAGUCUGUGCCAGAAAAUACGCUUUCGUAUACGAAGAACGAGUGGAGGUUCUUGAGCUCGUUUGUCUCCGCACACAGUGACGGUCAUCUUCGAAAUCAACCCUACUUUCGCUACAAUAAAGUGAGCAUCUUCAUCAUGUCGGAUUCAUCAAGCCCCGGAGGGGGUCGCAAUCGGCCUCCAGCAUUGGCCACGACCGAGAGUAACCCCCUCGCGGUUCCUGGUGGGGAUAAAACGAGCCCUGGGGAUAAAACAAGGAAUAUGGAGAUGCGCCGAUCGCUCUCAUUUGGAACGCAGAUGAUGACCCCCAGUCAGCAGAUACGACAGCAGGCAGGUGCACGCACCACUGUGAUCGACGUUGGCCGUCUUGCUUUCGAAGAUGCGAAGUACCGCUUUACACAAGCUGAAAAAGCCGAUGUCAUCGCCGACCGCAACGCAGGCCGCAGCAACAUCAGUCUGGUGCUCGAUACUUACUUUGGAGGCUUGAUCUGCUUCAAUAUGCUCAUUCUAGGCAUAGAAACGGACCACGGCGACGAGUACCCGCCUGGGCCUCGAAGUCCGUUCUGGUGGAUCGAAUCUAUCAUUCUCGCCUGCUUCAUCGUGGAGUUCUAUCUCCGUCUGAAACUAGAACCCGUGCCCAAGAUCACCGUUAUCAAUGCAUCAGACGAGAACGCGACUGGAACUGGCGGGUCCUCUUCAUCUAGCGUGAUUGCCCCAGCCCCAAAAUCGAAUAGUCCCACUCGCAUGAACAGUAGCGGUCGGAUGAACAACAACAGUGAACUACUGAAGUGGAACCCGAAGUACGACAGCGCACUCACUAUCAUGUUUGACGAGCAGACGGAGGAAGAGAAAGAGGAAAACGCAGCCUUAGUGGACGUGAUUGAACUCACAAGUAACAACGCGAUUUUCCGCUUGUUCGAGUACAUGUUCAAGUGGUUGCGCACCUACCGAGCUGGGCACUAUUCCUGGUUGGGCUUGGAUCUGCUGGUCAUCAUUGCGUCCGCAGUGGACGUAUGGGGAGUGCAAUUAAUGACGGAUGGCUCACAAAGGACCAACGUUUCCGCACUACGAAUUCUCCGCUUAUUGCGUGUGCUGCGAUCGAUCAAGCUAAUUCGCUACUUCAAGGACUUGUGGUUGCUGGUGCACGGUCUGGGCCGUGCUCUGCGGUCCAUCUUCUGGGUGAUGAUGCUUUUGGCGCUGAUGAUCUACUGCUGUGCUUUGUUCUUAACGGCACAAGUCCGGGACAACGAAUUUUUUAAGGCACGUGCGGAAACGGAUGAACGCUUUGCCAAUUUGCUGGACUACCACUCUACAGUUAUGAGAUCCAUGCUCACCCUGUUCCAAGUGACGACGUUGGAAGAAUGGCCUCAAAUCGUGCGUCCCAUGAUGGAAGAAACCGAAGCCUACGGCAUUUUCUUCACUUGGUUCAUCGUUACCACGAACUUCAUGAUGAUGUCGCUCUUCAUCGGUAUUUUGGUCGAGAACUUGACCACUGCGACGGAGACUGCGGACUUGCGCUUGAUCCAACAGAUCCGAGACCAACAGGAAGCUCUCACCGACGAGCUCUGCUCCGUGUUCGACGCCGUGGAUGUCGAUCAGAGCGGCUUUAUCACCAUCGACGAGUUCAAGAAAUCCCUCUUAAGGGAUGAAGACCUCCGCAAACAGGUCUUCCGCAACCUGGAAGUGCGUACUGGGUCAGAGCUGGAAUGGCUCUUUGAGAUCUUGGACACGGAUGGCAAUUGUAGACUCUCCUUGGAUGAAUUUGUGGCUGGUAUUUUGCGUACACGCAACAGCGAAGUCUCGUGCAUGAUGUUGCAAAUGCAGAACCGCUUACUGCGGGAAAUGAAGCGAAAUCGAUCAAGCGGCCCUGAAGCAGGGACAACAACUCCUAUGGGAGGAACCACCAGUCAGUGCGUCCCACCUGGGAAGGAUCCCUCCACUACCACAGGGACCGGCGCUGGAGGAAGGCAAAAUACAGGAAUAUCAACACGCGAUGGCGACGGUGACUCACGGGCAUCUGAAGAAAAUGUCAGUGACUUCUUGGCCACACCAGCCGCCGUAAACCCUGGCAAGACGGAGGGGAGUCACAGAGCAGCGGCUCCUGUAUCAGAGUAUUGUAACAGUGAGUACUCUGGCAGUGAUGCUCAGCGGAUCUCAUCACGACCAUCCUCCAGAGAAUCUCAGUUUUCGACGUUCUCAACUCUGUCGACAUCAAGGCAACAAAGAUUCGAACAAUUACCUGGCACAGUAAUUGAAGCCAUCAAUCGGGACAGAAGGAGUACCAAUGAGGACAACAAGCACGUAGGUAGAAAGUAUUUGGCAGCGGAGCAGCGAAGUGAUGCAUGGCAAGGAGACGCCGAAACAGCCAGUAAUGCGUCCUCAAGUCGGAGGCGUGUCCUCACACAAUCAGCGAACUUUUCUGUCAAUCUCUAGUAUUAGACUGCUACAAGAAAUUGUUCGUAUUCGUUAUGUAUGACUUCUACAUAGUUCUACAUGUACAUCACGUCAAAUCACAGAUCCUCUCAAAAUUGCCCCCUCGGAUCCCGCUAUGAAGUAUGAAUAGAACACAAAUGUUAGAGAUGUAGAUUGAAGCAUAACCAUAAGACGAGCUUUACUGUAUAUGAUUUUUUAAGCACAACACCGUGAACCUGAACACUAUUACGUUAUUAAUGGAUUGAUGAAGGUGAUAAUGCAUUUCGAAAUGCAGAGAUUUACUUUUUAAGUACACACGAAUUAUAGACAACAUUUAGCGCUCAAUUUUUCUAUACCUUAAUCUAUGAUGACGACUUUUCAUCUCACUUUUAAAGUGGGAGACAUUGACAACAGGCUUAACUAAAUGCUUUACGCAUGACGAACAACGAUUGAAAUUAACUCUCCUGCAUCGUUUGUUUUAAGACUGAUGUAAAACGCAUGAUGAGAAUCUUUCCCCAUAUCAUUAGAUGAUGACCUUGUUAAUAGUUUUUAGUCGCACUUAGUAGUAAUCUUCUGUACCUCUGCAUCAUAGAAUGAAUGUCCUUUCUUGUUUUUCUCAUCUCAAUUAUCUAAAGUAGGAAAAACAGACAGCACGCAGUCUCGCUUAUAGCCUAGACAUAGGCACGAAGAUAUUAAAGAAUCAAAAUAUCGAGUAGUUUGUUGCGGCCGGAUCGAAAAUCUCCCACCAAGCGUACUUGAUUUACAGUCACCACCAACACUUUAAGGAAUCGUACAGUAACACGCAGGAAUGAAAAAAAGUGCUAACAGUAAAAACAUCGUAUGCUUAUAAAAGGAGUAGGUGAGGCGAACUAACAUCAUUAACUUAGAUGAGGCGAUGCUUCUUCUCCCUGAGAACUCAAUGAUGUUAAAAAGUUCCGAGACAACGAGAACAUAAUAUUAUGGCAUUUCAUCUUACCGAACCAAUUAUUUAAUCCAAAAAAGGAAGGUAUUGUGUUGUGAAAAGUCCC